AUGGACGACGACGACGAGUUCGACGAUGUUUCUGCUGAAGACCUGCUUCUCGCCCUCACCCAGGCGACAGAUGCCGCACCGACCUCGUUCGGCCAUGGGGCCAGCCUUCCCCCAGCUGCCGUGCCCCCGCUUCAACCCAGCACCGUCCCAAGUGCACGACCGCUCAGCGGAACCCGGACCGCAGGAAGGAAUGCCUCCUCGGAACCGCCCUUCGAAGACCUGCCGUCCGACGCGUUUGACAGCUCUCCCGACAGGUCCGUCCGCCCACCACGCUCACACCCACGGCGACCGGCCGCCCCGCCCCAGAGUUUCCGCCAGACGACUCUGUGGGGCGGUACAGUACGAGAGCACCCUGAGGCGGCAUCACAAACCGCUCCCAGGCGCCCGUUUCGCGUCGACCUUCCCCCUGAGCCUCCCACGCACCACGAGCUCGACCAGCGUGAGCUGUCGACCUGGGUCUAUCCUCUGAAUCUCGGGCCCAUUCGGGACUACCAGUUUAGCAUCGUCAAGAAUGCCCUCUUCAACAACACCCUGGUCGCCCUGCCCACCGGCCUGGGCAAGACCUUCAUCGCCGCCACCGUCAUGCUCAACUAUUACCGCUGGACUAAGCGCGCCAAGAUCGUCUUCGUGGCCCCCACCAAGCCCCUGGCUUCCCAGCAAGUCCAAGCCUGUCUCAACGUCGCCGGCAUCCCGCGCUCCCAGGCAACGCUGCUCACGGGAGAGACGCCUCCGGGCUUGCGGGAAGAAGAGUGGGGCACGAAGCGGUUGUUCUUCAUGACCCCGCAGACCCUGAUGAACGACCUUUCCAAGGGCUACGCCGAUCCGAAGUCCAUCGUGCUCCUGGUUAUCGACGAGGCCCACCGCGCAACGGGGGACUACGCCUACGUCAAGGUCGUCGAGUUCAUCCGCCGCUUCUCAAAGAGCUUCCGGGUCCUUGCGCUCACGGCCACUCCGGGGUCAACGGUCGAGGGCGUGCAGGAUAUCAUCGACAACCUCGGCAUCUCUCACGUCGAGAUCAGGACAGAGGAGUCCAUCGACAUCCGCCAGUAUGUCCAUUCGCGGAACAUAGACACGGUGACUUUCGACCCCUCCGACGAAAUGGACGAGAUUCGGAACCUGUUCUCGAAGGCGCUGAAGCCCCUGGUGGACAAGCUGAGCUCUCAAAACAUCUACUACGGCAAAGAUCCCAUGAGUUUGACAACAUACGGCCUGCUCAAGUCAAGGCAGGAUUGGCUAGCCGGGCCUGGCAGGCACGUGAACCAGGGGACGAAGUUCAUGAUGAUGGCCGUGUUUAGCAUCCUGCAGAGCCUGGCCCACUCCAUAAAGCUGCUUAACUUCCACGGCAUCAGGCCGUUCUACAACAGUCUCGCCGAAUUCCGGGCUACCGAGGAAGGUAAACCAGGCCAGGGGUCGAAACUCAAGCGGCAGCUUCUUGCCGACGAAAAUUUUCAGAAGAUGAUGUCCCUGAUCGAACGCUGGAUGAAGGUGCAGGGGUUCAACGGGCACCCCAAGUUGACAUAUCUCUGCGAGACGCUCGUCAACCACUUCGCCGACGCGGGCGACGGCUCUAACACGAGGGCGAUCGUCUUUAGCGAGUACCGCGACAGCGCCGAGGAAAUCGUCCGCCUCCUGAACACCCAGCCGCUCAUCAGCGCGACCGUGUUCGUUGGGCAGGCCGACUCGAAGAGAAGCGGAGGCAUGAAGCAAAAGCAGCAGAUCGAAACUAUUGAGAAGUUCAAGAGCGGCGCCUUCAACGUCCUCGUCGCUACCUCUAUCGGCGAGGAGGGCCUCGACAUCGGCCAGGUCGACCUAAUUGUAUGUUAUGACGCCUCGGCCUCGCCGAUACGCAUGCUGCAGCGGAUGGGCCGAACGGGCAGAAAGCGGGCCGGAAAUAUUGUGCUGCUCCUCAUGAAAGGCAAGGAGGAGGAGAAGUUCAUGGACGCGAAGGACAAUUAUCAAAAGAUGCAGCAGCUCAUCUGCGAUGGCGACAGCUUUUCCUUCCGCCAUGACCUCUCAACGAGAAUUAUCCCACGCGACAUCAGGCCCGAGGUCGACAAGCGCCAUGUCGACAUUCCCAUCGAGAACUCCCAGGACCCGUCUCUGCCGGAGCCCAAGAAGACGCCGGCUGGGCUGAGGAAGAAGCCGGCCAAGAAGAAGUUCAAUAUGCCCGACGGCGUGGAAACGGGCUUCGUGACGGCCUCGUCCUUCGGGCGGCCGGCUGGACAGGCUGCCCACACCUAUCGCCAGCCGGCGGAGACCGACUUCCUGGCCGAGGUGCCCGAGCUGGGGACGGUCGUGCUGAGCAAGUCGCAAACAGACCGCUUCGAGCGGUUAUACAAAAGCCUCCCGAAGUCUGCCUUCAGCCAAGUGCAAGAGCUCGGCUUUGAUGACCUCAAUUUCGGCGCACAUGCGGCUGCGCAGAGGGUUCUUCGCCGCACUGUCAACUUGCGUCAUGGAGAGUACACCAAGAGAUGUGUGAGACUGUUCAAGGCUCUGGGAAAAUACCAAGAUGCCCUGGAACCAUACACCCCUCCGUAUCGUGCGGAAGACAAAUCAUCAUGGGAGCAACUCCCGGUCCCGCCGUUUGCAGACGAAGUGGUUGGGGGAACAGUGCAGGAGCGGCAAGGGCGAGGGAGGUCCCCGACAGCCGAAAGAACUGGACGUAGCAAAACCAACAAAAAACGCAAGGUGGCACCGGAUGUCUUCAGCGACUGCGAGGUGGCAGAGGACGAUGAAGAACAAGAGGCGGAUGAUUCAACAGGUGCGGAGACGGUGCCACGAGCAAAUCGCGGUGGCGGCCGCGGUCGGCCACGCACAAGAAGGGGCCAAGCAGGACUUAGGCAGGUCGGCGAUCAUAUACAGGACUUUGGUGAUGACUGUACCCGGACGAGCGACCUGGAAGAAACCGAUGGCUCCGACAGCGGGGCUGACCUCGCAGACUUCAUCGUCGAAGACGACGUCUUCACGUCCAGCAACCGGCAAAGAUCGAGCGGCCCUAGCACUCCGCGCUCGUCUGCUCUCACCCCGAGGCACCAGCGCAAAGGACGGGCCGCCGCGGAGGAAGAACCGUUCUAUCAGCCGAUGGAGUUUGGCCCAACACAGGAUACAGACGAUGAUAUGCCCGAUCUGACCGAGCUGGCUGCUCAAGGCACGUCGGCGAAGAAGAAGGCCACGGUGCCUCCUAGGUCGCGAACCACAUACUUUCAGGACGACGACACGGAUAAUGAGUUGCCGAGACCGUCGCCGCGCAAGCCGCUGGCGAAGAGGAGGCGGCUUGUGCUCGAAGAUAGCGAUGACGAUGAAUGA